CGUCUUCAGUUCUCGGGUGAAUCCACAGUCGCAGUAAACAGCUAGCGACGCGAUGCGUCAGAACAAAAUGUCGAGCGAGACUGCGUCGAGCUAGUUGCCCCCUUGGAGCAAGAGCAUCCCAAGAGUAAUUUCGUAAAGGAUAAUUAUCUUGUCCACGUGAAAUUCAGCUAAAGGAACGUCCAGAAAAUUGACUGGGACGUGGGAUAUACUGAAAAGGGUUUACAGUCGAACGUGAAACUAGAAAACUCACGGGGAAAGUGCCCGUUCUUUGUUCUCUGUUGUUUGCGCACUCGUUUCGUACGAAUCGCGCAGCAUUGUUUGUUGUGGUUCGACACUCAGCGAACUCCACGACGUCUAUACGCGAUAUUAUAUUGGAAUAAAAGGACUCGUUAUCUUUAACAAAGGAAUCGUCGCACCUGGGGAUUUCCAGUGACAAGAGAUUCGUUCAGUUUUACGAGAAACGUCUAACGUGCGUGCAGUGCAGGGGGACCCGCUAGUGCUUUGUUUUGACGAGCAGCUGAUCUCAUUGGCAACUACAAACGAGUUGCAAGUUCUGACAAGCCGAUCGUUCAGCGUUCCUCUUCGAAGGUGUCAGUCAUUUUUGAAGACUCGAGAGAGACCUGCUGAAGAGGAUAAAGUGCUAUUUGAUUAACUUCGAAGGAAGACUAAGGAAACUGCUCAGGGGAUUCCAAACUAUGGAAAAGGAUCUUUAAGAGAAGUUAAUUCGAAGCAGGAAUUUCCGGAGAGAAUUUAGUCGACCCGGAGGAAGAACUAAGGAUCGUAUAGUGGAGGAUUUUAUUUAUAUUUAUGACGAUACAACACGAGUCAUCGUUAGAUUUCGUUUAUACUUGUUACUAAGAUUUUUUUUUUAUAAGAAGCGUUCAAAAGGGCAUCUUUUCUAGCUUACCUUGACGCUUUUGAAGAAACACGGUACGUCUUUAGCCCUAGAUGUUACUGUAGAUACCUUGUCGUGCUCGUUAUUUAGUUUUCUCUGCGCAGACAAGGCAAGUUUGAAGUACACAGUUUGCUUUACUAGAGAUACUUUUGGGCUUGACAUUUAUUUGUUAGAUUAAAGUAUUUGUUUCGGACUUACAUUCUGUUUUCUUAUGAUUAUAUGUUCAUUCAACGACUGUUUCAUUAACAAGGUCACAGUGAUGAAUUUUGUUAGUCCAUUCUAGAACGACACAAUCUAUUAUUUCUUUUGAAGGCUGUGGGAAGUCUAAUUUAAAAUUCAAGACGCUUAUCCAUUCUGCAAGAAUAUUCCAAACAAAUUUCUUUAAUACUUUUUAUAUAUCUCUGUGCAUUAAACCUAUUGCAUCAGCCUCUCCAUCAUCGUUAUUCAAUCAACAUUGAAUCUGAUAAAAGUCAAGAAAGACAAUACCUCUCAGAAGAAUCAAUUAAGCCUGAAUGCUACUUGUUAUCUACACUGACCAAGAAGCAUCUAAAGAAUUUAUGAAACUACCAGUACUGAUGCAACGGACUUGCUGAUCGAUGAGGUGCAUAUUACUAGGGGCCGUCCUCGCGAGUUAUAGAAAACGUGGGGUACGGCCCCAAUUCAGUUGACUACGGGAGGUAGGAAGUGCAAGCUCAGACAGCUUAUGGAAGAAGGACCAACACCGAAUGCCCAUAAUAUUCCGACACAGAAACUCUUCCUGCCUAAAUCUUCUCUAUAAUAAUCUCGAAGCCUGACCAGCAUAAAGAUGCUGUACAUAUUCCACGUGGACACUGGCACCACCAUCACCUUCGACAUAAAGCUGGCACUGCAGAGUGUCUCUCAGCUGAAGGAGGCGAUAGAGCGCGAAUGCGGCGUCGUCGCGGCGCAUCAAGUGCUGCUGAUGAGCGGAGGCGAAAGUCUAGAACCAAACGCUCGUGUCUGCUCCUAUUCGGCUGGAACGGAUACCAAUCCAAUCUAUUUAUUCAGCAAGGCUGCCAUAGAGAGUCACAUUCCCCCAACGCCAAGCAUAGACUACGGUUCCGAUGUGGAUCUUCAGAGCCAGAUUGAUUCCUCCCUGGCGAUGCCCGCCACUUAUCACACUCUGAUAGCGCGCGCUCAACUUGCUCAGCAAUGCUGUGGUCUUGCCCGGGAGCAAACGAGGAUCUGCGAGCGUCUGGUGCACGAUCAGCACUUGCAGCAGCAAGGAUGGGCGGCCGUUGUUGCGAAUUUGGAGGACAUCACGCAGAUGUUUCAGUCCAGGGCAGAGCUUCUUCAACAAAGUUUUUCUCUGUAUCUGAGGGAGAGGCAGCAGCACAUGGAGCUUCUUAACAACUUCAAUGCAGACUUGGGAACACUGUCAAAAAUACCGAUACUGCCGGCUCUGAGAGCUCAGGCCGAAGGUCUUCUGAGUCCUGAGGAACAGCCUGCGACGGAGGAUGCAUCGGAAAAUAGGGAGGAGGUUCUCAGUCUUUUGAAAUGGAUAUCCGCCAAGGAUAAUCAGAGCAGCCUCGAACAGGUUGCUGAACAAUGUUCAAGAGGUUUGGAACAGUUUGACGAGAGAGUAAUGGAGUCAUUGAAGGUGGAAGUGAACGCCGCUGUGGACAGCGCGAAUAAGCAGGAUAUGAAGGAGAUCAAGGGACUCGGCGAGAGACUCUAUGCCCUGGAGCAAUUGAUGGCCCAGACGAAGAAGCUGGUGCACGAGCAGGGCGAACUUGCCCAAGGCUUCCUUCAGAAUCAGAACAGGGCCAACAAUUUGGGAGACGCCAGCGUUCUGCCAGAUUUGUGCACUUCUCACAGACGUCAGCUGCUUGUCAUGCUACAGAAUCACAAUCAGCUGCGCGACAUACGCAGGAGAUGCACCAGGGCCAAGGAAGAACUCUCCGUGAACAUCUAUCAUCGGCUCAAGUGGAUCAUGUAUGUGGAAAAUAAGAUGAUGGAGGUCGAUGGGAAAUUGGUUAUGUAUCAUGAGAGUCUGAAGAGACUGAGGCGACACCUGGAGGUGCUGCAGCAGAUACACCUGGCCCCGCAAAUGUACGUGAGUGCUGUGGCUGAGGUUGUAAGAAGGAGGACCUUCUCUCAGGCUUUUCUCGUCUGGGCGAGUAACCUGGCGUGUCAGUUACUUGCUGUGCACAGCGAGGAGCUUGCAAGGAGACGAGACUUUCAGAAUAAAUUCGAUGGGCACUUCCUGAACACGCUGUUCCCCGGUUUAGAGGACACACCACCUCCGUUUGCUACACAGGCGCCCUCUGUCUUCGACAAUGGACUUCCAAAGCUUACCUUGGAUGACAUGGAGUCAUUGAAGGAUCAACUGCCAGACCUGGCUUUCAACGUUUCGACUCCAGACCUGAACAGCAUCACGCAAUUUUUCCUUUCCAAAAGUCACACAGAAACUACCAGUGAGGAGAACAAGGACAAAGAGGGUCAAUCUGCAAUACACGAAGCAACCAAACAACUGGAUAGCGGAAGAGCACCGAUGCUGGGUGAUCGCGGCGGAUUCGAGUCUGAAACGGAUACCGAGGAGUUUGAGAAGAUCGGACAAGCCGGGACUGACGUAAAAAUCAACUCCUUCGACAGCUUGAAGCAGAAGAGACAAAAACAAUUGGAGGUUGGUGCCUCGCAAAGCGCGUCCCCCACUUCCUCGACCUCGACUAAUCUGUCGCCGCUGAAUUCAAAAGUCGUUGACCUCAAUCGUUCGUCCUCCUCGAGCGAACCCGGUUCCUUCCACUUUCCAAGUCUCACGACCAGUGAACGACCGUCUCAGCUAAGUCCCUUAACCGAAUGUGUUGAAAAUUGCGAAUCUAGCUUGCAUCAGCGUUUUUGCGGAAAUGACAAUUUUAGCAAGCCAUGUCCGGUGCAUUCCGAUCAUCCCGAAUCCUUGAAUAAUACCUGUUCCUUGACACAACCUCUGGUGUGCGGCGGCGAGCAGCAGCAGCAGCAGCAGCAGCAGCAACGACAGCAAUCCGGUAGCGGCGGAAGCAGUCCCUCAGCUUGCGGCGGAGUUGUCGAGUUCAUGGGUACCGAAUAUUACAUGGACGAGUCUCUGCCCAGCAGUCUCAGCGAGCAUCCUGGAGACGGUCAUCAGGCUAUCGUUAACCUUCUCCAGGAAAAUCUUGGGAAUACACGCGGCGAGGUAGAGCGACUCCGUUCGCUCCUGAGGACGAUGAAGACAGUAGCGGGCGAUACUCUGGUUGCCUUCCGCAAGGAGCUGGCGACCUUGCGCGAGAAGACCACCUACGAGAAGAACGGCAUGGCUGAGAUGACGGAGCGUGUACGUCAGGCGGUUGUCCUGCACUCCGGGGAAUGCGACAGGGCUCUUCGGGAACGGGAACAGGAACUUACGGUGGACCACGAGCUGGAGAUGGCUGACCUGAAGAAACACGUGCAGAACAGGGAGGACGAGAUAUCCUCCCUGAAGCAGAGCCUCAGGGAGAAGGAGACUGAUCUUUCGGAGCACGAACGGCUGAUCAGCACCAUGAGACAGAAGAUGGACAGCGAGCAAGCGGAAGUGCGGAGUCUGCAGUCGCGUCUACGUCACGUCGGGGAAGCCUUGGAGCACGCGCGCGAGGAGAAGGAAGCUGCUCUCAAGGAAGCCAAUGAAGCUAAGCUCAUGGAAAUUGCCUCCCUCACGAAUUCUCUGACCCAGUGUCAAGACAGGGUACGCGAACUGGAGGAUAGUCUGGUCGCCGCGCGGGCUGAACAGCAGAGGAUGGUCAAGGAAGUUACGGAUAAGCUGCAGAUGGAUUAUAAGAUAGAAGUGGACACUCUGCGUAGUCGCUUCAAGCGCAUGACUGCUUCCACUAUGGAAAGGACUCCCAGUGAUUCCACUCUUGAGAAAAUUGAGCGACCAGACAUGAUAGAGCUGGCCAAUCACGAAGCGAUCCUUGCUCAGGCUAACGAGGAUAUGAAGAGUAAGAUGGCUGCGUCCAUUCGUUCAGCCGUUGAGAAGGAGAGGUCGGAUUGCGCUGCAAAAUUGGAUCAUGAGCUGCGUCUGGCUAAGCAGAGAAACGACACCGAGAAGCAAGUCUGGUUCAACGAAGCCAUGAGGACCGUGGUAGAGGAGAAGGACAGGGAGAUGGAAUUGCACAGGACCAGAGAGAUCUCCUUGGCCAAAGAGUGCGAACGAUACAAGGACACCAUAAGACGACUUACGGAAUCCGAGAGCAUGGUGAGGCAAACUUUGAGCGAAAAGGUGGAGAAUCUAGAGGCAGACAAGGUUGUCUUGGAGGCUAAUAUGGCUGCGGAACGUAAGAUGUUUGAGCAGCUCGAGAGUAAGGUUCACGAUUUGGAGGUCGAGAGGGAUAAGCUUCGUCAGGAGUUAAACGACGAGAGGCUGAAAAUGAGUCAGAGCGGAGCUGGACUGGAGGAGGCGUUCAGUGCCUUGGAAGCGCAGAAGGAUAAGCUCAAAGCACAGCUGGAUAAUCAUCGUAAGAGCGACGAGGUAGAGGUCUCCGAGUCGAAGAAAGUAAGAUUGGAAGAGGACGGCGAGAUUGCUUGUUUGUCCGGAAGGGUGGAGAUGCUGGAGAAUGAGAACAACAGGUUAACCGCUGAAUUGCGAUUGACCCGCGAGAGCAAGAAAACUGCAGAUGAGAAAGUGGAGGCACUGGAAGCUGACAAGGUUCGUCUGGAGGUGGAGCUGGUGAAGGAGCGUUCUAGAAGAGGAUACGAUGCGGAUGCUUCAUCCUCGAGCAUUUCGACGGCGGAAGCUCGCGAGAAGGAGAUGAAUGCCUCCGUCGCGGUGGUAUCGGAAUCCUUGAGUCGGGAUGCUGCUACCAGUCCUGAACCUAAUCGUCGCGACGCCUUCUUCUCGAGUCAUAUGCGCGAGAAGCUAACCAAGAGUACCUUGAGCAGUAUUCAACAGAAUCCCAUUACCUUCACCAGCUGUAAUCCUGGCGACGUCGUCCUCGUGGCCUGGGAUCCGCCCCACAAGAAUUACAUGCUCGUCCAGGACAGUAACACGCUCUUUUUUCUCAAUUCGGACUGCAAUGACGCCCUGGAUCUACGAAUCAAUCCUGACGGCAAUCCCGAAAGGAGUUACGCUAUCGCCAAGGUCGUCGAUAAGGAGUACUGUCACGCCAAGAAGUCCGAGAAUCGCUACAAGGUGCCCCAGGGUACGAAAUUCUACAGAGUUCGCGUGAAACCGGUGCAAAAGGAAGUCGAGAUAGUGCCCGCAAAAAGUCAACAGUAGUAAAAGAAAUAGAAUCAGAUUCUCAUAUUUCAAUUCGAAAUUCUCAUUCGGUGUGCCAGAAGCACGUGUGAAGAUCACGAAGUCUUGAUGGAGUAAAUGACGAUCAACCGAGUCCUAAGGAUAUCUCACAACGUGACUCUCCUUCUCUGGACUAUUCCAAUCUUCAAAAGUCCCCAACGAUCCGGAACUUCGGAACAAGGCCAAAACCUGCCAGAGCCUCAUAAACGCAUCCGUGAUAUUAAAAGUUAGGUUUAACAGGUAGUCGAUAAGACGAGCAAAUUCAGAGUGCGGUAUUACGUGCGAGCUGUUAAAAAAAAAAUUAAGAAACAAGAUUACGAAAAAGAAAAAACACCAGAGCCGAUUGUCGUGCUGGCAGUUAAUUGUGAUAUAAGUAAUUAAAAUUAAAAAAAAAAAUGAUAACGAGCGAAACAUAAUUUACCGCUGCUGUGGAUAGCUGUGACUGCAUAGAAAUUUAUAUUCUUUCCUUUUCACUUAAGGAGACUAAAAAAAAAACAAAAAUAUAAGAUAAAUAGAAUAAAGUUCUAAUUUGAUCCGUGACCGUUGAUUCGAUUGGUCAGUAUUUCAGUAUAGUCGUACGCGUAUAGCUUAUUAUUAUUAUGUACAAAACAAAAUGGAAUAUGCGGACAUUGCGAAUACGUUGUCUAUCCUAUAAUUUACGAUAGUCUCAAUCUUUCAUUUUUUUUUUCAUACUUGUAGAACAAACUCGAAACCUCCAGUCGUUACUGGAGAUACGAUUGUAGAUUAAUCAUUGCUCAUUUCUUUUUUCUCUCUUUUUUUCCCCUACGCACUGACCAAUCGCGAAUCCAUGCAUCGACUCUCAUGCAUCCUGUAAUAGUCUCUAAUAGCCGUAAGUUUUACAGAAUCGUGAAUGCUUUCGUAUGUAUAGUCAUAUAUAUCGUACAUAUGCGCGGUCGUAAUGUAUAAUAUAUAUAGACACGUAUAUACGCUUACGUAAAACUAAAGAGAAAGAAAGAAAGAAAGAACAAGAAAAAAGUGUGCAAUACUCGCGUACGAUAAUAUCCUUAGUACGUAAGACAUUUUUUGUAAAACAAAGGGAAAAGGAUGCGUCCUGGCGUAACUGUCUUGUGCAAUGACGAUUAGUUAGGAGAAGAACAAAGAAAAAAAAAAGGCAAAAGAUUAAAAAAACGAUACUAAUGAAGCGCAUACCUAAAAUAUACAAUUAGCGAAUUUAUUUAUAGUUCAUUAGAGAAGAUCGAAACGCUCUUGGUAAAUAUUUCUGAUUUCCUGUGUAAAUAUUUUUCUUUUCCUUUUUUUUUGUUCUCAAAAAUUUCCAAGCUCUAAUAUAACAUAUAUACAUUCGUCGAGGUGAACAAUCUAUGAGGAAGUAAUUUAAAGAAGAAAAAAAAGACAAAGAAAAGAAACACUAACGGUUCACGAUAUCAGUGUCUGUACUGUAAGGGACUUAUUUACGGUCUAACUCCUAAGGAGAUGACACCUCGAAGAGACAUUGAUCUCCUGAUCCAACAUCAGGGAAGGGGCCAUUUGCUUUGUACCACGACUAUCUCCUCUUACUGCGUAAUUAAUCAGAACUAAUUAUUAUAAUUCGGAUUAAGUGCUGUGGCAAUUAGCAAAAACGAUAGCGUUAUCAUUCAUUAGAUAAUUCACAGCUGUCCUUUUUCAUCUUUUAAUUAAACCUCACUGUAGUUUACGUUAAUGCGAAAUUUGAAUUUCUUUCUUUUCUCUUUAUUAUUAUCAAUAUUAUUAUUUUAUUAUUGUUAAUACUGUCAUGCGAGCACAGGCAGAAGGUGAUAUGCAUGUAUACGCAUAUGCAUGCUGAUGUAAAGUACAGGCUUAUGGUCUUUUUCUUUGUUUUCUAAUGAGAAUGAACGGUUUGAGCGAAUUUCCUGCUUUUAAGGUAUUAUUUUAUGAUAUUAGGACGCAAGUAAGAUUCGUACAUGGAAGCUGUGAUUGAUCCUUUGAAAGUUUUUACCAACUAUUUAACGUAGGCGUUAAUGAUAUCUCGGAUUGGUUGUUCUUCGUAGACUCGUGUAAUGGCGACGUCUCUGGUUAUUGUGAACGUCAAGCUGACGUGAUUGAUCGGUGUUUACACGAAGAGUUGUCGCUGCGUCUUGUUUCUGUAUUUUGAUUUUUCUGCAAGAACGUCGAGCGAUGCUGAUGGUUGUACCUAACAUUAGAAAGAAAGAGAAUGAAAGGAUCGAUUGGUUUAACGAAUUCGAUAUCGUUCGAGAUCGAUUAACCUCACUCUUGUCACAUUUGUACUCCUUAGUACCGUUUUUCUUUUUUCGCUCGUUCAUUUUCCCUGAUCCUUCUUUUUUUUUUUUCACUUGACUCUUGGCUAACCUCUGAGUGCCCAGAGUAAUCGUCGCGACUUAUCAUUUAGAAGAUUGACGAUAAUUCGGGCUAAGACUGUAGGACUUUAAGGGAGAGAUCAACUCAUUGUAUAUAUAUUAUUAAUGAUAAUACAGAAACGAUGCCGUGUCGUAAGCGUAUCGUUUUUUUUUCUCUCUUUGUAUCUCGAGAUGUAUUUGUUUCUUAGCUUUUGAGGUUAUCUAUCGCCUGUAUAUUUGGUAUUUCAGGAUGUGGAGUUCAUGGCUGUCGAAUUCUAGAGACUCUAGAUACUUUUGUAUUAUGCACCAGCACCAUUUUACGUACGUAUAAUAUUUUUUGCACUUGUAGUGGAACUGUAAGGAGCACGUUUAUUUUUUUUUUGGGGUUAGCCGUGGAUUCUCUAUACCUUCAAAUCUGACAUGGGAUGAUGCCUCGUAUGACAUUUAUUUAUUUUUUGAAUAGUUCCCUUUUACUUCACUCGAGUUCUUGUUUGUAAUCUAUGUCCUAAAACUAAGGGUUCUCAUAGGAGCGACAGAAUAAGGAUUUAGCUGAUUUGUUUGCUUUUCUUUUUGUGAACGGCAUUCGCAGGAUGACAACUAGAAAGUCUUUUGGAUAAGUGCGCGGAGGGAACGAAGAGGAGAAUAAAAACAUGAAAACGAAUAAUAGAAACGAGUAUCAAAGAGCAACGUGCCUGCACAAACGUGUAAGCUCCAUUUGGGAAAAAAAAGGGGUGCUUUCAUGUUAUUCGAUGAAAUUUUGGAAAUGGUAUGUGUAAUCAAUCCUUUCUUAAUUGUCGUGUCUCUUGUGAGUUCGAUUUUCAUACGUAAAGCGGUACGGGUUUUAGAUGUUUGUCACGUGCAGUACUUUCUUUUGGGUAGCUUUGAGUAUUUGAGAAAAGCAAGAAUGUUUUUUUUUUCUUUGAAAAGUUUAAGCGUUAAGGAAUUCCCUACUUUUGUUAAUUCAGGAUCUUUCGUCCCCUUCUUUUCGAGCCUAUCUUUUUUCUACUACUAGACAGUAAUUAGACGUAAUGCGUGUCGAUUAAUGCGAGUGGUAUUUCCAUGAGAUAGAUUAUAGGUCGCGACCAAAAUAAAAAAGAAAAAAUGUAUGAUUAGCAUAGGACAAAGAAACUAUCAAAUUUAAUCUUA